UGUUCGGUUCCAAGAAGGAAGCAUCUGCGUAUGCGUGUUGAGGGGUGUAUGUUAAGUAAUUAAAGUCGUCAAAAUGGACCAGCUCAUAAACCCCUCUUUUUUACUUUCUUCUCUUCUCUGAAUCAAAUGCCACCAUGAAACCCUAAAUUAAACUUCUUCCAUUUCUCUCUUUCAACAUUCAAUAUUAUUCCUAUAUGGCAGUAGUCCUUGAUUCGCUACCACCAGCGCCUUCUUCACUUGCUCCUGGUUUUAGGUUUCAUCCCACCGAUGAAGAACUUGUACGCUAUUACUUAAGGCGUAAGAUUUGCGGUAAACCCUUCCGAUUUGACGCUAUUUCAGAUGUUGAUGUCUACAAAGUCGAGCCUUGGGAUCUUCCAGGUUUGUCCAGACUCAAGUCGAGAGACCUGGAAUGGUACUUUUUUAGCGUCUUGGAUAAGAAGUAUGGGAAUGGAUCCCGUACAAACCGAGCAACUGAUAGAGGGUACUGGAAGACCACAGGGAAAGACCGGUCCGUUUACCACAGGUCUCAACUGGUUGGUAUGAAAAAAACUCUGGUGUAUCAUAGUGGACGGGCACCAAAGGGCGAGAGGACAAAUUGGGUUAUGCAUGAAUACAGACUCAUUGAUCAGGAGUUGGAAAAAGCUGGAGUUGUCCAGGAUGCAUUUGUUCUUUGUAGGAUCUUCCGUAAGAGUGGUUCUGGACCGAAGAAUGGUGAACAGUAUGGGGCACCAUUUGUUGAGGAGGAAUGGGAGGAUGAUGAAUUGGUAAUGGUCCCCAAGCAGGAGUCUGCUGAGGAAUUGCGUGUUGAUGAUGAUGAUGAUGCCUAUCUAGAUGCAAGUGACCUUGAGCAGAUUCUUGGCUCAGACAUGCCAGAGGAAGAUGGUCCCCUUCCAUUGGACUACCAUCAGGGUAACGACGUCAGCUGUGCUGAUGUAUCCUCAGAAAUGAUUGAUGAGACUGAAAAUUUCUUGGUGGAUGGUGGCGAGGAUCAACCUCAGGAUGACAAAGAAGAUGGACCUAAGUUGUUUGAUUUGCCUGUGCAGAAUGGGAUGGAUCCCAAGUCUGUCAAGCAUGAAUACAUUGGUGAAACAAGCAAUACCAUGGAUUWUGAUGUGGAUUACUUGCUUGAUGAACCAUUUUUUGAUGCUUCUACUGGUGACUUUCAAUUUGAUGGAACUUCAUUCUUCGAAGCAGAUGACCUUAAAAAUGACGUCAAGACAGAGCCUGGCCUUGAUAUGUUURAUGAGUUUUCCAUCUUUAAUUCAACGAUGGAUAACUUGGAAUACACUUUUGACUCUCCCACUCUGGAGAAUACAAAUGAAGAAACUCUUCAAGUGAGUGAAGCUUGCCAGCAACUCUUUGAAGGGCAGAACAAUGAUAGCUGGCAACUCUUUGAAGGACAUAAUAACAAUGGUGCCUCCUCUUCAAACCAAGAUUCAGCUACGGGUAGCGUGGAAGGAACUCAUGAAACAAGUGAAGCAAGGGAACAACUGUCUGAAGGACGGAGUAACAAUCUUGCCAUUUCUUCAAAGCAAGAGGAUGCAGAUUUGCCAACAGAGUUUGCAUACCCAUUUCUCAAGAAGGCGAGUUGCAUGUUGGGCAACAUAUCAGCACCACCUGCAUUUGCAUCAGCAAAAUACUUGGCUUCUGCUUCUCAAGCUUCUACCUCAGUUCGUGUUACUACAGGCAUGAUCCGGAUACGGGAUGUUUCUUUCACAGGGAGCAAGAUGGAUUGGUCAUUGGGCAAGCAUGGUCAACUCAACAUCGUUCUCUCGUUUGGGUUGGAGCAAAAUGGCGAUAAUAAUUCUGCAAAUGCACAUGAAAGAAAAGGGGAUUCUCGCAGUUGGUUUUACUGCCUAUUUGUUUGGAUUAUGGUUCUUUCGUUGAGCUUCAAGAUGAGCAGUCUGAUUUGUCCGAGGUCAUACAUGAGCUGAACAGAAACUUCGUCGUCGCUUCAUGGUUUUAUCUUGUCUGCUUAAUUUAGCACUCUUUAACAAAUAAUCAUUACGGAGGCCACAUGUUGUAUGCUGACUGCUGCUCUGAUGAUUCAAAAUCUGGAGUUGGAAAAUGUGUUUUUUUGUUAAAAGAAGUUGGUAAGAACGUUAGAGAGAUUCUGGGAUUUAAGGUUUAUGUGGAACUGGAUAGAAAUAGUACAUCGCUGUUUCAUCUCUUUGUUGAUUUGGCAUGUGUUUAUUAUGUAUUAUUAUGCUCUGCUAUAUGUUACUGGCUUAACCAGUUUUCAACCCU